AUGUUACAAAUAUUUCUAAUCGGAUCUGCAUUUGGUUAUUCUAUGAUCGGAUGCUCGAAAAAGAAAAAAAUAGCGGGACCUGUGAAGAAAAAUGAGCUUUUGAAGAAAGAAGUUGAAAAGACAGUGAAAAAAGAGGAAUCUGUCAAACAACCUGAAGUCAAGCUAGAACCACCAAUUGUGAAUAGUAGCUCUAAAAAAUCGAGGAAAAUUGAGAAAAUCGAAGAAAUUGAACCAAUCAGUUUAUAUCGAAAUGAAAAACCCGUUGCUAUAAAUCCAGAUGGUUAUAAAUUUUUUCUGGAAAUGUUCGCGAAAACGUUUAAGACUACGGUAAGUCAGCGAACUGCCUGCUAGCAGCGAUCAAUCGCCGGAAGUAGCUGAGAAAAAUUUAGUUCAGGCGAUUGAUAGUUCAAUCAGCUUGAUUAAAUUCACAAGUAUGUGCAUGUGAGAUCUUUUCUGCCUCUUAAAACAAAUAUUUUAAGUUACCAUUCGAAAAAGAAGGAAAUGUAGCCGUUGGUUUCAACAUCGCAACCAGCGACAAAAUGUAUAAACGGCCUACAUUCAAAGCAUUUGAUGCGAACCCAACGCUAAAUCGAUACAAAAAACCGAAAUGUAUGGAUAGCUCUAGAGUUGUUCUAGAAAAUCGAAAAACCGAUUAUAUUAAUGCGUCGUGGUUGGUUUGUGAUGUUAGCGAAUAUCGAGGAAAAAAUAUAUUGACACAAGGACCACUUCCGAAUACAAUUCCUGAUUUUUGGGCAAUGAUUUAUCAAGAAAAAGUGGAAUAUAUUGUUAUGUUUUGUUCAUUUAUUGAAAAUGGAGUUGAACAAUGUGCACAAUAUUAUCCAACUAAAGAAGGCGACGAGAAAUAUGAUAAUUUUGAAGUAAAAUAUGUGAGAAAAGAGAAAGAUCCGAUGGAAGGUGUAACUUGGACUGUUUUACAUUUGUUUGAUAAAAAUUCAAAUGAAUCGAAACCAAGAAGAGUUAAUCAUAUUAAUGUAUCUUGGUGGCCUGAAAAUACAGCACCUGAUGAUCCGAAAUUGACAAUUGAAUUGUAUAAAUGGUUGAUAAAUAAGAAUGAAUCACAUAUUCCAAUGGUAUUUCAUUGUAAUAAUGGAAUUGGAAGAUCUGCCACUUUUGCAUCAAUUUAUUUUAUUCUUCGACUUGAUAUCGAGGCCUGGGAUGAAGUUUAUUAUGGUGGUAAGUUGAAGUUUUAACUAGCAAACUUGAGAAAAAAUUGGGUGUUGACUAACAUAAAAACAAUUUUUCAGAAGGAAUUUCAUUUAUUUUGCUCCUAAACAUUCGGAAAGUACGUCAUGAUGCACUAGAAUCACCACUUCAAACUACAUUCUUCUACUGUUGUCUUUUGGAAUAUUUCAUUCAAGAAGGAAAAUUGGAAAGAAGUGAAAAAGUUGAUAAAUUUAUGAGUGAUUAUAAAAAAUAUGCACAAGAAGUUCGAGAAUGUGUGAGAACGAACAAGCCGAUUCCAAUCGAUAUUUUUAAGUAA